AUGUUUCUACAGCCUGUGACUCAUAGAGGGUCCAUCAGAGUCCCAGUUCAGAUCUCAGUGCAACGUGGACAGAGAUGGCAGAGAAGGGAAGCCAUCACCUCAGUCAACAACAGGAGGAAUGAAAGUGGGGAGGGAAAGGGGGGUGAUAAAUCAAAAACCCAGGCGCAAGUGUGCACAGCAGGGGAGGAUAGAGCCAUUUUACUGGGGUUUGUCAUGAUGGGGUUCUCCAUCCUCAUGUAUUUUGUGCUUGGGGUCACAUUGAUAAAGCCCUACAUGCUCAGUGUCUGGAGCGAGAUGUCGAACUGCACUCUGAUGCGGUCUGAAAUCUUAGAUGAUUGGGUUGACUGCUCCUUCAUGUGUGGAGUCGACUGCCGGGGUCAUGCUAAAUAUCCCUGUCUGCAGGUGUUUGUUAAUCUCUCCUACACUGGGAAGAAGACAGUACUGCACUACAAUGAUGAGGCUAUUCAAGUAAACCCAAAGUGCUUCUACAUACCAAAGUGCCUGAGAGACAGAACUGAAUUGUUAGCAGAAGCCGAAAAAAUUAAGAAUUCAUUGCUCCUUACAAAUGGCACCCCAUUCAACUGCUUCUAUAUCCCAGGGAAGAAACCUGAAGAUGCCAUCAUGUACAAGAAAUACACAAUCUCAGUCGUGGUCCAUUGCUUGUUCUGGCCAACCCUGAUGCUGGCUGGAGGAGCGCUGAUCGUGGCUUUAGUGAAGCUGACUCAACACCUGUCCCGGGUCUGUAUGAGUUACUCUCUUGCAUAUGAAAACACCCAAGCACUCACACCAGCUUCAGAGAAAUCCCAGGAAAGGCAGCCUGGGAAACUUGACCAGCUACUAAGAUGGAGGCCAAAUCAACAACAAAUACAACACAUCUCACUUUCUGAAGGUUAA